AAUCAAUCCCCAUCAGCGGCAACCUCCGCACCGCGUUGUUCACAUUGGACCACCACGACCAUGUGUAAAUAGAGAGACAGCCCCCCAUGGCAACCCCUCCGACUGACGAAGCUGAGGCUUCAAACGCUGUCCAGCGCACGGGCAAGCAUGGCAUUGAUGACGGGGAAGCUCCCGCUGAGGCUGUGUCCGCAAUCCCGAAAAAGAAGGGGCCUCCUCCUGAGAAGCCAGAGAACAUCCGUAUCAGGCUCUAUGUGAUGGCCGUGUCCUGGGCCAUGGUGCUCUUUAUUGGCCUGCCGAUAUGGUGGUGGACUACAGCUAUAUACCGGGCGGAUCUUCCCUUGGAUGCCAUGAUGGAUUGGGCGGAUGGACGAGCUUGCCGGCCAGUCUUUCCACUCCGCAUCUCCAUCGACACCGGCUCUCUGCAGGAUCAAGAGGCACAGAACCUCCUACGAGCCACACAACUCGCUCUUGACGACCUCAACGACUUCUCCGCCCAUCACCUGAGGCUACAACUCUCCGGUCCCCAGGUACCCCCACACACCCCCGCGAACACCUCCGUCCUCCCUACCGCAAACCAGAACGAUGAAGAAGUUGCACUGCUCGUCCGCCUGCUCCCUGGGCAAACCACAGAGGCUGUUUUACAGCCGUAUGCGCCAACUCUCGACAUCCACUACACACCAAACCAGGUCCCGACGAGCGCAUCGUCCUCGGCCCCUCUGGCAACCUACAUAGCGACGAACCUGCGCGAGAUUUUCGCUGAAGAACAGGCCAUGAUUGCCUACCUCCUCGCCACUAGCUCGUCGCCGCCAGAGCGGAGCCCCAAGGCAUUAGCCCCUGAGGUCGCAGAAGCGCUCGCCAAGCGAUCCACUCGUUCGAUGAAGUACUCGCGGACGUACCACUUGACAUUCUCUCUCUUCACGCCCUCUGCCACACCCUCGACGUGGGCUAUUGAGCAGGCGCUGGAGGAGCACAUGAAGCCCCUCCUGGAUAGCUUUUCGGCGAUCAGCAAUUUCACUAUUGACACGCAAGUUCAGCUCUAUGCCCAGACUGGGGUAACAGGGGAUAUCCUCCGCAAAGAAGACCUGAGUGGCUUCAUCAACCACGCUGAAUGGCCGUUGAGCCCAAGCAUCGGCGGCGCUCCAACACUGAACUUCAUCAUCUACAUCGGUGACAUGGAAGUCGAAGGCGGCAGCAAGAGCUGGCUCAUCCCGCAAUGGGGUGGUGUAAUCAUCCAACCCAACAUUGACGACCUCCGCCCCGCAAUGCUCACCUUCUCCAACCACCUCCUCGCCCUAAUCGGCGCUCCCGAAUCCCUCACCCUCCCCCUCCGCCUCAACACCCUAACGCGCGUCCGCAGCGCCGGACUCCUCCUCAAAGCCUCCUCCACCCUCGGCUCCCUCGCGCGCCUCACCCUCGCCCUUCCCUCCAUCUCCAUCCCGCGCAGCGUCGCCGACGGAGUCUCCACCACGCUCGCGCACCUGGAAGCCGCGUGUGAUGGCCUGGGAGGCGUCGCGGGGCUGGAGAAUGCGAGGGUGGCGGAGGAGGCGGCGGAGAGGGCUUUUUUUGAGAAGAGUAUGGUGGGUCAGGUGUACUUUCCGGAUGAGCAUCGGAUAGCGGUUUAUUUGCCGCUGUUGGGGCCGAUGGGGGUUCCGCUUGUGAUGGGGGUGUUGAAGGAGGGGAAGGCGUGGUGGAAGAGGAGGAAGGGGGGGGUGUAG